AUGAACGAGGCUGGCUUUGGGCGAUUAGUUGGUUUGAUCAGUUACGAAGACGGCGAUUGGAUUAGCACAUCAAACAUGGGCUGGACGCUGAACCAUCCUACACCACCCAAUCCAAUGCUCUUGUACAUGGAUUCUGCGUCUUCCUCGCCGAUGGGUAUCAGCUUCAUAGCCCCCGCCUCGGCCAUGAGCUGGGCCUGGCAGCGUCUCUCAAGCGACACGAACCAGAAGAUGGCAGCCUCCACAGUUGAUCCGCAGGAUGCAAGCCUUACGGUUGCCAAGAUCCCGCGCGAUAGUCUGUCCUUCCUCGUCUUCGAGGACAGCACCCUUGGACUGGCGAUAUACACCCACAUCGCGCUAAAAGGCACAGGAACCUUGUGUAAGUAUGUCGAUUGGGCGACCGAGGGUGGCAAACGCACGGACGUAGAUGCUGUGCGAGUGAGCGGCACAAAUCACGUCCGGCCUCGCAGCGUGGACGGCGUGAUGGCCAUAUAA